AUGGCCUCGACUAUCAUUCGCAGUAUCGAGAAACACUGGUGGAAAGCCGAUCAAGAUGUGUUCAUUGCAACUCUCUUCCUCAAUCCCUACCUUGACCAGUUGAUCUUCAAACUGACACCCGCGAUCACCAUGGGAAUCAUCAAGUGUAUGUAUCAGAGGGUGUUCUGCACUUCCAUUACUGAACUCCCACUGACACUCCUCGGUCUGGUACUACAUUACACCAACCUGGAAGAAGAGUUCUCUGACAUAAACUGGCCUAUCAACGGGUUGAGGGAUGGUUGUCAGGCUCAGGAUAGUUUGAUUGAUCCAUCAAAGUGCUGGCAAACACUUGGGGACAACAACCCUCUGUCGAAGGUCUAG